CAUAAACUAUGAAAAUAUGAAAAUAAUUGCACACCGGGAUUAAAACUCAACAAACUUUUAAAGUAAGUGGUGGUGCAUAUUUUUGUUGAUUAUCAACUUAGAAGGAUGACAUAUUCUUCUAAAAGAAUUGUCAUCUUACUAAACCCUUUAAAAUCAGCUGACCUCAAUGAUAGAAAGUGUUGAAACCCAAAACAAGAGUGCUUUUUGUAGAUACUGAGAAGUUAACAUUUUAUGUUGUGCGAUGUAGAGUAAUUGGUCUGUGUUCCAGUAUAGGGAUCAUGUAUAUUCUAUGAUGUGAUGAUUGCGGACACAAAACACUGUUCAUGAAUCCCAGAUCUGGUGUGACUUCUUUCAAACAGCAUGUCUCUGGUUGAGGGAUGACCUGACAUUGAUGCCAGCAUUGAACAUCAAGUUGAUACCUCAGGCUACAGCAUGACAUCACUGUCAGAAAACUUUCCCUAUAAUUAAAUAUGAAGCCUAGAGCCACAUGUAACAUGUCAGAAAUAAAAAGAAAACAUAUUUAACCUUUAGGAAAACGUCAAAUCUGCUUUUAGCCUCCUUUAUCCUUUACAAACUAGACAGAAAGAAGCUAAAGUAUAGCUGCCAGAGAAGGUUUAAUUUUCCAAGCACAGCUAUAACACUAUUAUUUUGCUGGUGGCUGGUAUUCAUUUACCAUACCAGUUACUAUCACAAACGAUCCACUGAUGCUAAUGUCAGAUACUGCACUGCAUCCUAGUGAAGGUCUAAGAAUUAUUCCUGUACUUAAAACCUGAUACUUGUUGCCACUUGAUUUUUUAGAGACCUCUCUUUAAGGAGGAAAAAUUGAGCUCUGUUGUUUUUGUCUGAAGGUCCGUGUUCAGUAACAGAAAAAGCUCAAACUCACUCAGAACCAGUGUUGAUAGUUUAGUGUCUGGUGUCGAUAUCAAAUCUACCCUCACAGUUUCGCUUCUGAUGGAUGUAUUCAGCAGUGAUUACUGUCACUGGUUCUGAAGAAAACAUUUAAGAGUCCAUUUCUCUAAAAAAAAAAAAAAAAGAUACAAUUUUGGAAAAUUGAAUGCAGGCCGUGGUUUUAAAUUAUAAAAUUAACUUGUUAUCAUGUUUAAGUUACCAAUUAUUUGGAGUAGCAAAGUGGCAGCAAAACGACUCUUAAACACACAAUCCCUGCUGCUGAAGUGUCCUCAGAGCAAAACACUGAAACCCUAUCUGACCUCUAAACCUGAACCCAAAUCAGCACUGGACUUAGAGCUAAAAACAGAAUGAACCAAAUCCAUCACUGCAGGAGUUUCACACAACACACUCUGUUCCUCUGCAUAAACAUUUGUAUUUGUAUUCGUAUAAGUAUUUGUCAAGUAUUUUCUUGACAUAUUUCUUGCAUGGCUUAGUGCAGCAUUUUACUAUUCAAUUAAACCCCUGUUUGACAAUUUAAAAUUUUCAUCAUUUGAAUUACUCACUGUUUAAUAAUUGACUGUUGAUUAUUAGCUGUCUGGAUUGAUGAGAACGUUAAUUUUCAUUCUUAGGGGGAAAAAGGUUCCACCUUUUUCAACAGAUAGGAGACCCAAGAUAAGUCGCCUGUGCCUAACUGCAGAACUAGUAGGGGAGCCAAGAGCAGAGAGCUUUUUUGAAACAGAGAAAAAAAACAAACAGUUCACAGUUCAGACAUUUUAGCUUAACAUUUUUUUUCUCUUUUCAGCUUCAUUUUUCUCUUGCUAUCUCUCUUUUUCACAAACAAAUACUGAUCCUCUUGCUAGCUAUGUGUGCCCUGUGUUUAUGUUUAUGACUAAAAAAAGCAGGAGGCCUGCGCCUUGUCCCAGUCACGUGGUCUCUAACCCCACCCCACCCCUCUCCCUCUCUUUCCCUCCCUCUCUCUCUAGCACGCGCUUCUGCUCAGAGGCCUGAGAGCAGCAUAAAACUUGGGACAUAAAUCAGGCUCCCAUAAAUAAUUGCCGUACUUCCCUUUACAUCUCCGUUGGACUAACAGACAAUAAAAACACCAAUAAGCAGAGAUUGGAUCUAAUUUAUUGCCUCAUAAAAACAGACGGAGAGCUAGGCUCGGCUUCAGCAACGCAGUUACUGCUGAAAACAGUACAGCUACUACUGUAGAACACGCUCGCAGCCAGCUGAUCUGGAGUAGUGUUCCAAAAUUAUAACUGCAAUUUAAUAAGGUUACGAUUUUUACGUAUAUUAGGCAGAGAACCUGUCAAAAAUGUUAGUUAGCAUUAAGUACUAGACGAAUAGUAGAAAAUCCCUGGUCAUUUAUACUCAGCAGACUAAACAGAAUGAGUAACUACAAUUCAUUAACUGUUACUUUUGAAGCUUUUUCUUUUCUUUGUUUUUUUAAAAACCGGAAACAGGUCUUGAACCAAUAAAAAUCUCAAAUAUUAAUAAUUAGUGAUUCAAUUAACUAGAACAAAUUAAAACGUAGGUUCUGGAAGCAAAAAUACAUGAUUUACCCUACCAUUAAAAGUAACCCCAAAACAAAAGAAGGGACUGCAAAAUAAAAUUGCAUUAAAUUAAAAGUCAAAAAUCCCCAUCUUCAGUCGACCAAUCCACGCGUCCCAUGUAAUGAUUAGCAUGGAAAAAGGGUUCUGCUCUCUUCCAAAACUCCCAAUAAACUCGUCGAAAUUUAACAAAAAAAUAAAAAUAGAAUUAUAAAAUCGAGACAUACUAAAAAUGAGACAAAGAAAAGAAACCAAACUGGUGCAGUAUUGUGAUGUUGGAGCUCAGUCAGCAGAUUGUGUCUGCUGUGUUUGGGCUUGUCUGUGGUGUGUGUUCAUGCAGCCUCGGCCUACUCACUUCCUGCGCUUUCUGCUGCGCUCAAUGGCCCUCACUCCCACACACAUUUCUGCUUUUUCUGCCUCUUUUUCAGAGCCAGGGGGCGAAGCCAAAUGGCAUGGGAAAGAGGGGGGAGAAUGGGGUGCGAGAUAAAUAGCUUAUAUCAAUUUGUCCCUGGUUACUGAGUCAUUUUUAAAGAGAUAUUUCGUCAUGAUAUGCGCGUAUUUGCUGCGCGUAAAAGCAUUGUAAAAAAUAAUAAAACAUGGCGAAUAAUGGACCUAAAAGGAGAGAGAUAUAGAGAGUAAGACUUGAGGUUUCCUUUUUAUUUAGGGAGAGGGGGGCUGCUGUCAGUCUCUUUGCAGGGAGAGAAAGAUUGAUCACCGCACUUCUUUUUUUCCACUCGGGGCUCCUCUGGUCCUCCCCAAAAUACCCUCUGCUGAACUCCCAAGUUCCUGAUCUUAAUAAAAAAUCUACAUGUACGUCCUGUUAAAUCUUAAAGCCAUCAGCACACCCUCACUUACUAUUAGCAUUGAUAUUAUUGACGCUGUAUUAUUAUUUUUACUAUUAGGAGGAACAGGAGGCCUGCGCUCUCCCCUCCUUUUUCCAGCUGCAGGAGCGACCUCGCUGUGAACUCUCUCUCUCUCUCUCCCUCUCUCUCCCUCUUUCUCUGCGUAAACACACCGAGCAUUUUUAACACACACACAUUAUACUGGAGAGAGGGGAUGAGUGAGAACCAUGGUAGCUUGCACGAAGAAUUUUGGAGCUUGUGUGCAGAGACUAUUUUAGUGAGAUUAUAUUUAGACAGUAGGUUUCUAUCUCUCGCAAACACACUGGGAACUCUCUCUCUCUCUCUGCGUAAACACACUGAGCAUUUUUAACACACACAGUAUACUGGAGUGAGGGGAUGAGUGAGAACCAUGGUAGCUUGCACGAAGAAUUUUGGAGCUUGUGUGCAGAGACUAUUUUAGUGAGAUUAUAUUUAGACAGUAGGUUUCUAUCUCUCGCAAACGCACACUGACGAAUGCUCCAACGACUGUUUCAAAAAAAGCAUAAUCCCAAAUACAUGAAGAAGUCUAUUAAAUACAGAAAAAUUACACUUACACACCAACAGGCUCCCUCGCUUCCCAGUUAAAUCUAAGUUUUAUGUCUUUCCUCUGUUAGAAGCCAAUCUGCUUCAUCUUCACUACCGCUGAGUAGAAAUCUUCAUCAUCCUCUCCUCUUGAGCUUCUGCGCCAUCUAAAACCCUGUCCAAGUUUUCUGUGUCUAAAUUGGGGAUUUUCACUCUCUGUCAUACGUUAUAAGAUUAAUGAGCUUAGUUCUGUAAACAGUACUUUUUUUCUAAAGGAGCCAUAUUGUAAACGGUGCUUGAAAGCUCCGUUCACCUAAUGUUAACCGUCACUACAUCACCCAGAGGACCGAAAACAUGUCCGAGAGACGCUCUAUUGUUUGUGCGUAACACCGGGCCGGGAUGCGCCGACCCGCCGCCCACAUGGCGCACAUGGCGACCGGCCACCUUGCCGUUUUUUUUCUCCCCAGAAUUUACCCCCGUUAAGGCAAAACAAUAGCAACUAUCAUGUGAUACAGCCCCUCUUUGCCACAGCAUUUGGUGGAAAAAUAAUAAUGCUGCUACCCACAGCCAUCGCCGCCACCAGGCCGGGCCCCUAAUUGGCUGUUUUGGGUCACAUGACCAGGAAUUGGCUGCAAUUUCGCCCCAUAGUUCUUCAGUUUAGCCUACCCAGGUCCCCAUACGCUAGUAAUAUCACCAAUAUACACAAUUAUUAUAUAGCCACCGCAUUUACGCCAUUGCGGUCGGUAGCAUAAAUGCUCGUACGUUUUUUCAUUUCGUUUUAUUUGUUUAAGAAGCCAUAUUGUGUUGUGUGCGUGUGUGAGUGUGCGUGUGUGUAUGUCUUUUUUUAUUUUUUUAUUUUGGGGAAGGGAUUGUUCGGGGGUCUCGCCGUUUGAGGGUGAAACCGGUUUGAGGGAGCUAUGAAUUUUGAAUUUGAGAGGGAGAUCGGUUUUAUAAACAGCCAGCCGUCCCUAGCAGAGUGCCUGACGUCCUUCCCCGCCAUCCUGGAGUCAUUUCAAACUUCAUCAAUCAAGGAGUCGACAGUAAUUCCGCCUCCCUUCGAGCACACUAUCCCCAGCCUCAGCCCCUGCACAGCCAGCCAGCCGAGACCGACUGCUAGGAGCCAGCAGAACCGGAGAACCUCCGCCACUAAUGGCCUCCAGACGCACCACCGAUCCGCCCAGCAGCCUUGCCCGCCCGGCCAGGCCCCUGGCACGGCCACGGUCACCCCGGCCGGUCCGCUGGCCCACGAGUUCCCCUGGAUGAAGGAGAAGAAGUCAUCAAAGAAGUGCCCCAAGCCUGGGAGCAGCUCCAGCAGUAGCGGAUCCAUCAUCCCCCCCGCCUCGUCCUCCCCGUCGCCGACCGCCUCCGGGUACGCUUCGGCGGGCAUCGAGUCCCCCACAGACCCGAGCCAGGCGAGUCUGGAUGGUGGAGGAGCCGGGUCCCGCCGGCUGCGCACGGCCUACACCAACACACAGCUGUUGGAGCUGGAGAAGGAGUUCCACUUCAACAAGUACCUAUGCCGGCCCAGGAGGGUGGAGAUCGCUGCCCUUUUGGAUCUGACCGAGCGACAGGUCAAAGUUUGGUUCCAGAACCGGCGGAUGAAACACAAGCGCCAGACUACGCACCACAGGGACGGCGGUGGAGGAGGCAAUGAAUCCAGCGACCCGGGCGCGUUUGAGCCACUCGAAGGCGCCGAUGCCUCAUCCCCGUACUCAAGCCAGCCGCUGGAAGCAUCUGGCACCGGGGAGGCUACAUCGGAGGGGGAGCCGGGGAGCGGCAAUCCAUCUUCGGUCGCUGCUCCCACCUCCUACGCUAAUGACAGCGGGGACAAUGCACAGCCCACGCCGGAGGAGGGCUGUAGUUUGAGCCGUCCCGAACGCCCACCGCUGCCAGGGUUAUCUGGCUCCUCUGACGCUGCUGCGACUCACCCCUCCCCGCCGGCAUUCGCCGCGACAAACUCCGCUGACAACCCGGGCCUAAUGCAGCUCUGCGAGGUCGGGCUCGCAGCAGCCACAGCGUCCGAAUCGUCAUUCUCCGAGCAGCCGGACUCCUCCAUCACCUCCUCCUCUGCUCCUCCUGCCGCCUCCUCAUCCACGCUCCCCGACCUGACCUUCUUUGCCGGGGACGCCUGCCUGUCACCCAGCUUGCAGAGUUCCCUGGAUAGUCCGGUGGAUUUCUCCGAGGAGGACUUCGACCUGUUCACAAGCACACUGUGCACCAUAGACCUGCAGCACCUCAACUUCUGAGGCCAUCUGCAACGUUUAAAUAUGAACGAAAAAUCUAAAUGAAAAACCAAGUGAAGGAGUGGACGAACAAUCGAGCAGAGGAGACAGAACUCGGCGAGGACUCUGUUGUUUAAAAAGCAUAAAAGCUUCUCGGCAACAUUCCUGAAACAUUUCUGAAUGAAAAUUAUGUUCGUUUUUAAAUACAUUUUUUCGUAUUCUUGCUGGUUUUAAUUUGCAGCUAUAAUGUAGUUUAAGAGAGAUGCAUUUUUUUUUAUUUUAAACAUCGAAGGAAAAUAGUUUUUUUUUUCACGACCGAAAAGUUGUGGAUUUUUUCUCUCCCCUUGUCCAAAUUUCAGGUAUUUAUUGCCUUUCUUGUUUUUGAUAUUUUUUGUUAAAAUUAUGAAUCCUUAGUGAAUCAGUAUGCGUGGAUUUGUUUCCUCUAGUCCAUUCUGGUGCAGCUUCAUGGAUCCUUAAUAACUUCUCAGGAACUGUUCACGGAGUCUAGGGGCAGAUAGCUGGACUGCUCUUAGAAAAUCGAAACUGAAGAAUGAAUUAAUUCUCUCUCUGAACGAGACAAGACGAGAGAGAAGCCCUGCUGAUGACCCGAGUUUUAGACCCUAGUUUAUUUAUUGAGAUUCUUUAAUAGUGAAAAUUCAAAUUAUUUAUUGUACAUAUAUUUUCAUAGUGGAAUAAUAAUAAUAAUAAUAAUAAUAAAAACCCACAAACAUU